AAUCAAAAUGCGUAUCGCUAGUGGCGUUCCCUAGCGACGCCAUUCUGUCCCCAAAGGGCGCUCAUGGAAGGAUCAAAAUAGUCACGCUGGCGGAAAAAUCAAACAUGGCAGACGUAGAUCCACACUUAGAAGCACCGGAAUGGUGUCAGGCGUCGACACCAGCUGCACUUAAACGAUUUUCACGUGGAUCUGCUUCAGUGAUAACACUUCUUAACCUGCUCACAGACAGUGCUAAACUGGAGAGAAGAAUCUGCAAAAUAUACAAGGACUUCCAAACGAAAUGGGUGGAUAGUGUGAUGACCCAAAUUGGUAGCAACUUAGCAUAUGACCAGGUGAAAACUGUCAUGAACAUCUGGAUGGAAACUGUAAGGCAGAAGGAGGAUCUGCAUGCUAAAUGCCUUAAAGCCAUGUAUGCUCCAAGAGGCCCAAUUGAUCUCCUUCAUCAGUACAUCCACUCAGCAAAUGUCAAUACUUCAAAGGAGGCCAUACACUCAAUGUAUGUGAGGGCAAGGAAAAGACAGAUUAAGCUGGAGAAGCAGAUUGACCAGCUGAAAGAUGAGUUCUACCAGACAAAGGACAAGGCAGAUGACUUCAAAGCCACAGCUGGAUGAAGCCUACAGAGAGAGGGAGGACAAUC